UCUCUUACUUUGCAGCCCCACCUCUGUUCAUUCUUGAUUUGGCUCCACCCUCUUCAUCCGUCCUAACGGGGCUUUUCUUCCAGAUUCCCAACCCCCAAAUCGGCUAGUUCUUUUCUGACUUCUCAUCACCAGGUUCCUGGGCACUCUUAUCCUACCCUUUUUGGAUUGUUGAAAUCAGGAAGGAAGCAGCAGGACGGGUCCCUAGAUCCCUUACUUCAAGAGAAACUUUAGCUACUUAAAGCAACAAAGAAACAAAGUGUGGUAUGUGACACCAAUGGACUUUCCACCUCUACCAAAAGGUGCUUUGCUUCCUGAAGAUGUUUGAUAUAGAAAUCACUUCCAAAGAGGUGAUCUUCUCUCUUUUAACUUUGGCAAUAGUUUUUGUUUUUAUAAGAGCCCUAGGAAACAGGAACAAAAAGCAUAUGUCUCCUCCAGGCCCAUGGCCAUUCCCCAUCAUAGGUAAUCUUCUUCAGCUUGGAGAUCAUCCUUAUCUUACAUUUAUGGAGAUGAGGAAGAAAUAUGGUGAUGUAUUUCUUAUCAAACUGGGUAUGGUCCCUGUGGUUGUGGUGAAUGGUGCAGAAAUGGUGAAGAAAGGCUUGCUCAAAGAUGGAGAGAAUUUUGCUGGCAGACCCCAUAUGCAUACAUUUUCUUUCUUUGCUGAGGGCAAAAGUCUUUCAUUUUCGGUGAACUAUGGAGAGAGUUGGAAGCUCCACAAGAAAAUUGCCAUAAAUGCCUUAAGAGCCUUUUCCAAAGCAGAAGCAAAGUCUUCUACCUGCUCUUCCAUCCUAGAGGAACAUGUCACUGAAGAAGUUUCUGAAUUGGUGAAAGUCUUCAAAAAACUGUCUUCAAAGCAAGGCAGCUUUGACCCUAAGAAUCCCAUUACUUCUGCUGUUGCUAAUGUUGUCUGUGCCUUAUGCUUUGGUAAAAGGUAUGACCACUUUGAUGAAGAAUUUCUCAGAGUGAUUAAAACAAAUGAAGAAUUUCUGAAAGCCUCCAAUGCAGCCAAUCCAGCUGAUUUUAUCCCAUGUUUUCGCUACCUCCCAUUGAGUGUUAUAAAUGCUCCCCGUGAGUUUUAUCAUCAACUAAAUCAGUUUGUUAAACAGCAUGUACAAGAUCAUAUUACCACAUAUGAUAAGAAUCAUCUCAGAGAUAUCACUGAUGCUCUAGUUAGUAUAUGUCAUGACAAAAGUACUACAACAAAGGCUGCUUCCUUAAGUGACAAUGAAAUCAUAAAUACGGUGUGUGACAUUUUUGGAGCUGGAUUUGAAACAGUAUCAGCAUUUUUAAAUUGGAGCUUUCUCUACUUGAUUUACUAUCCAGAAGUACAAACAAAAAUCCAUGAAGAAAUUGAUGAAAAUAUUGGUCUUAAACCACCCAGAUUUGAAGACAGAAAGAAUUUACCCUACACGGAAGCUUUUAUAAAUGAACUCUUCAGACAUACCACAUUCAUUCCACUCACUAUCCCUCACUGUGCUACUACAGAUACUACUCUAAAUGGAUAUUUCAUUCCUCAGAAAACCUGUGUGUUUUUUAAUAUGUAUCAAGUAAACCAUGAUGAAACUGUUUGGGAGAAUCCUGAUUCAUUCCAACCUGAGAGAUUUCUAAAUGAAAGCGGCAAGCUGAAUAAAAGUGUGGUUGAGAAAGUUUUAAUUUUUGGGAUGGGCAUUAGGAAGUGCUUGGGAGAAGAUGUUGCUAGAAAUGAGAUUUUUGUUUUUAUUGCCAGUAUCUUGCAGCAGCUAAAGUUGAAGAAAUGUCCAGGAGCCCAACUAGAUUUGACACCUGCAUAUGGAUUAGUUAUGAAGAACAAACCUUUUCAACUCAUAGUAGAGCCUCGUAUCCUGGAGAAUUCUUAACAGUUUUCAACUGAAUUAAAAGAUUCUAUAAGAUAAUUCAGAAAAAAAUUCCCUGGAUAUAACAUACCAAAGUAAUUUGAAGAUGAAAUAAUUUAAUCCACAAGCUUUCCUAUCAGUUUCAUUUAAGGCUCUUUAUCUCUUUGUGGGAGAUCCAAUAGUGUAAGGAAUAGUUCCCCAAGAAGUUUAAAAUCAUAAUAGGAAAAUGAAGACUUAGUCAUAUAAACCACUUAGAAAACUGUGUAAAUAUAUCCUUGACCUCAUGCCCAGAUGUGUGGGCUAAGUGAUAAGGAUUAAAGAAAGUCAAAAAAAGGAAGUAAUUUAAACAGAACAGAAUAAGCAGAGAAAGUUUCCAGGACAAGGUGAGUUAAGAUUUCAAGAGUAGAGGGACCUGUAUGUGCAAAAAUAUUUGUGGCAGCCCUCUUUAUAGUGGCUAGAAACUGGAAACUGAGUGGAUGCCCAUCAAUUGGAGAAUGGCUGAAUAAAAGGUGGUUAUGAAUGUUAUGGAAUAUUAUUGUUCUGUAAGAAAUGAUCAAUAGGGUGAUUUCACAAAGGCCUGGAGAGACUUAUAUGAACUGAUGCUGAGUGACAAGAGCAGGACCAGGAAGGAGAUCAUUAUAUACUUCAAUAACAAUACGAUAUAAUGAUCAAUUCUGAUGGACGUGGCCCUCUUCAACAAUGAGAUGAACCAAAUCAGUUCCAUUUGUUCAAUAAUGAACAGAACCAGUUACACCCAGUGAAAGAAUUCUGGGAAAUGAGUAUGAACCACUACAUAGCAUUUCCAAUCCCUUUGUUUUUGUCUGUUUGCAUUUUUGAUUUUCUUCACUGGUUAAUUGUACAUCAUUUCAAAAUCCAAUUCUUCUUGUGCGGCAAAAUGACUGUAUGAAUAUACAGACAUAUAUUGUAUGUACGUAUACAUAUAUUGCAUUUAACAUAUAUUUUAACAUAUUUAACAUGUAUUGGUCUACCUCCCAUAUGGAGGAGGAGAUGGGGGGAAGGAGGGGAAAAAUUGGAACAAAGGGUUUUGCAGUUGUCAAUGCUGAAAAAUUACCCAUGCAUAUAUCUUGUAAAUAAAAAGCUAUAAUAAUAAUAAUAAAAGAUUUCAAAAGUAGGCAUCAAAAUUGCACAUAGUAGCAACAAUAUUAUGUGAUGAUUAAUUAUGAUAGACCUAAAUCUAUCUUCUCAGCAACACAAUGAUCCAAAAAAAUUCCAUGGGAUAGAAAAUGCUCUCUGCAUCCAGAGAAAACUAUGAAGACUGAAUGCUGAUUGCAGCACACUAUUUUCACCUUUCCUUUUGGUUUUGCUUUUUUUUCUCAUGAUUUUUCCCUUUUGUUUUGAUUUUUCUUUUAUAACAUAGCUAAUAUGGAAACAUGUUUAAAAUGAUUAUUCAUGUAUAACCUAUAUCAGAUUUCUUGCUGUUUUGGGAAAAGAGAAGGAAAAAAAGGAGAGAGAAAAAAAUUGGAACUCAAAAUUUUACAAAAAUGUAAAUUGAAAAUUAUCUUUACAUGUAAUUGGAAAAAAUACUAUUGAAAAUAUAUAAAAAAGAAGAUCCAUCAGACAAUGGAAAAUGGGAAAAUGAUAUUUUUAGUUGGAGAACGUCAUUCAAAAUCAUUUUAAAAUGAUUGAAAAAUAAAAAUAAAUAAAAUAA